GCGGCGGGGUGGCAGGGGCGGGGCGCCGCGGAGCCGCCCCGGAGGAGGGCCCGGGAGCUGUCCCGGGGGGCGAGGGCCGGCGGCGGACGGGGUUGGGCCCCGAGCGCGCGCCGGGAGGAGGGAGCGGUCGCCGCGUGCUCGGCCAGUCCCCGCCCCGGGAGCCGGAGCCUCCCAACUAUCUCCGUCCGCCGCGUCCGCCGUUCUAGCCGCGCCCGCCGCUCCGCCGCCGGCCGCCCGCCCGCCGCCCGCGGGCUCGGGCUUCCGUCCCGGGCUGUGCCCGCGGUCGCGCAGAAUGUAAGCUCCCUGAUUGCAGCAGCCCUGUAUGGCUUGUUCAACACUGCACUCCAAAUACCUGAAACUGUGUCUGGCUCAGCUACCUCCAGAGGUUCUGAAUGAUGACUGACGCGGGAUUGUGUGAUAUCCUUCACAGUCCCUGUCAUUGCCGAGUGAUAAGGAACCUGCAAGUCUAGCCCCAGCACCAGGGACAAAAAAAAAAAAAAAAAAAGGCUCUGGAAGAAGGAAAGCUUCCGCUUGCGGACCGGACAAAAGUACCGCCUUCCCAGGGAUUUCCGCGUGAGACUAGGGAUAAAGACACCUCACCCCGUCCAGCUCGUCGCUUCCGCAGCCAGAUGGUGUGUGGCCGCCAGGACGCCCGCCGCGCCCCGGCGAUGAAGUAGCGGCUGCUGGCUGCGCCGCUGCCAGAGCUCCGGCCGAAGCCCAGAGCUGCGCUGCCCGGUCCUCUCCCGGCGGGGCCGGAGUGGCGUGGACAUGGCUGGCGUCUGUAGCCUGCUAGUUCUCCUCCUUGUUUUUAAUAAUAGCAGCUGUUUGGGUUUCAGAAGCCCGCUUUCUGUCUUUAAGAGGUUUAAAGAAACUACCAGAUCAUUUUCCAAUGAAUGCUUUGGUCCCAGUCGACCAGUAACUCCUAUUGAUUCAUCCGAUUUUGCAUUGGAUAUUCGGAUGCCUGGGGUUACACCUAAACAGUCUGAUACAUACUUCUGCAUGUCAAUGCGUUUGCCAACGGAUGAGGAAGCCUUCGUGAUUGACUUCAAGCCUCGUGCCAGCAUGGAUACUGUCCAUCAUAUGUUACUUUUUGGAUGCAAUAUGCCUUCUUCCACUGGAAGUUAUUGGUUUUGUGAUGAAGGAACCUGUGCAGAUAAAGCCAAUAUUCUGUAUGCCUGGGCAAGAAAUGCUCCCCCUACCAGACUCCCCGAAGGUGUUGGAUUCAGAGUUGGAGGAGAGACUGGAAGUAAAUACUUCGUACUACAAGUGCACUAUGGGGAUAUCAGUGCAUUUAGAGAUGAUCACAAGGACUGUUCUGGUGUAUCUUUACACCUCACCCGCCUGCCACAGCCCUUAAUUGCUGGCAUGUACCUUCUGAUGUCUGUUGACACUGUUAUACCAGCAGGGCAGAAAGUGGUGAAUUCUGACAUUUCAUGUCAUUAUAAAAAAUAUCCAAUGCAUGUCUUUGCUUAUAGAGUUCACACUCAUCAUUUAGGUAAGGUAGUAAGUGGAUACAGAGUGAGAAAUGGACAAUGGACACUGAUUGGACGCCAGAGCCCCCAGCUGCCACAGGCUUUCUACCCUGUGGAACACCCAGUAGAUGUUAGUUUUGGUGACAUACUGGCAGCAAGAUGUGUAUUCACUGGUGAAGGCAGGACAGAAGCCACACACAUUGGUGGCACAUCUAAUGAUGAAAUGUGCAACUUAUACAUUAUGUAUUACAUGGAAGCCAAGCAUGCAGUUUCUUUCAUGACCUGUACGCAGAAUGUAGCUCCAGAUAUAUUCAGAGCCAUACCACCAGAGGCCAAUAUUCCAAUUCCUGUAAAGCCAGAUAUGGUUAUGAUGCAUGGACAUCACAAAGAAGCAGAAAACAAAGAUAAGACUUCUAUACUCCAGCAGCCAAAACAAGAAGAAGUGUUAGAACAGGGUGAUUUCUAUUCACUGCUUUCCAAGCUGCUAGGAGAAAGGGAAGAUGUUGUUCAUGUGCACAAAUAUAAUCCUACAGAAAAGGCAGACUCAGAGUCAGAGCUGGUAGCUGAGAUUGCAAAUGUAGUCCAAAAGAAGGACCUUGGUCGAUCUGAUGCAAGAGAGAGUGCAGAACAUGAGGAGAGGGGCAAUGCUAUUCUUGUCAGAGACAGAAUUCACAAAUUUCACAGACUAGAAUCUACUUUGAGGCCAGCAGAGAGCAGAGCAUUCUCAUUACAGCAGCCCCUACCUGGUGAAGGCACCUGGGAAUCAGAACACACAGGAGAUUUCCAUGUAGAAGAGGCACUGGAUUGGCCUGGAGUAUACUUGCUACCAGGCCAGGUUUCUGGGGUGGCUCUGGACCCUAAGAAUAACUUGGUGAUUUUCCACAGAGGUAAUCAUGUCUGGGAUAUAAAUUCUUUUGACAGCAAGUUUGUUUACCAGCAAAGAGGACUUGGGCCAAUUGAAGAAGACACUAUUCUUGUCAUAGAUCCAAAUAAUGCUACAGUACUCCAGUCCAGGGGGAAAAAUCUAUUUUACUUGCCACAUGGCCUGACUAUAGACAAAGAUGGAAAUUACUGGGUCACAGACGUGGCUCUGCAUCAGGUGUUCAAACUGGAUCCAAACAGUAAAGAAGGCCCUUUGUUAACCCUGGGAAGGAGCAUGCAACCAGGCAGUGACCAGAAUCACUUCUGUCAACCCACCGAUGUGGCUGUGGAUCCAGACACUGGAACCAUCUAUGUAUCAGAUGGUUACUGCAACAGUCGGAUUGUGCAGUUUUCACCAAGUGGACAGUUCAUCACACAGUGGGGAGAAGAGUCUUCAGGGAGCAAUCCUGCACCAGGCCAGUUCAGUGUUCCCCAUAGCUUGGCCCUGGUGCCUCAUUUGGGUCAGUUAUGUGUGGCUGACAGGGAGAACGGGCGGAUCCAGUGUUUUAACACUGACACCAAGGAAUUUGUGCGAGAGAUUAAGCAUGCAUCAUUUGGAAGAAAUGUAUUUGCAAUUUCAUAUAUACCAGGUUUGCUGUUUGCGGUGAAUGGGAAACCUUACUUUGGGGACCAAGAACCUGUACAAGGAUUUGUGAUGAACUUUUCCAGUGGGGAAAUUAUAGACAUCUUCAAGCCAGUGCGCAAGCACUUUGACAUGCCUCACGACAUUGCUGCCUCUGAAGACGGGACUGUGUACGUCGGAGACGCUCACACCAACACUGUGUGGAAGUUCACCUCAACCGAAAAAAUGGAGCAUCGGUCGGUUAAAAAGGCUGGCAUUGAGGUCCAGGAAAUCAAAGAAUCCGAGGCAGUUGUUGAAACCAAAAUGGAGAACAAACCCGCCUCCUCAGAUUUGCAGAAGAUGCAAGAGAAACAGAAAAUGAUCAAAGAGCCAGACUCCGGAGUGCCUGUUGUUCUCAUUACAACCCUUCUGGUUAUUCCGGUGGCUGUCCUGCUGGCCAUUGCCGUAUUUAUUCGGUGGAAAAAAUCAAGGGCCUUUGGAGCAGAUUCUGAACACAAACUCGAGGCAAGUUCAGGAAGAGUGCUGGGAAAAUUUAGAGGAAAGGGAAGUGGAGGCCUAAACCUUGGAAAUUUCUUUGCGAGCCAUAAAGGCUACAGUCGAAAAGGGUUCGACCGCCUGAGCACGGAGGGAAGUGACCAGGAGAAAGAUGAAGAUGACGGCAGUGAAUCGGAGGAGGAGUAUUCUGCACCACUGCCCGCCCCUGUGCUUUCCUCCUCCUGAAAACUGGGCGACCAUGAGAUUGAUGAAGUUUAUCAGGAAUGCCAGAUUCCUUUCUCUUUAGCACGUUUAGAGUUUUGUGUAUUUAACUGUAAACCGUACUAGUAUGUGUGGGACUGUACACCUUUUAUUUACUUCAUUUUUGCUUAGUUGGUUUCUGUUUCCAGUUGAAAAGUUUCCUAAAAGUUCACAACAGUGCCAUUGUCUAUAUAUGAACAUAGAAUAGAGAAACAGCUCUCUUCUUCCAUCACACUACUAAUUUGUGAUGGAAGGUUUGUUCAUUUACAUUUUUGAGACUCUUCUGUAGAUGUAAAUAACACCAUUUUCUGCUUGAACACAGUAUUUUCCCAUUAGCGCUUCCAUUGCCAAUGUCUUUCUUUGGUGCCUUUUCCUGUUCAGCAUUCUCAGCCUGAUGACGAAGCUGCUAAAUCUCCUUCUAUUUUUUUAAAAUCACUAGCAUUAUAUUGCAACAAAAGAAAGAAAAAAGUCUCUAUUUAAAUUCUUUUUUUUUAAUUUUCUUCUUCGGUUGGUGUGUUUUUGGGAUGUCUUAUUUUUAGAUGGUUACACUGUUAGAACACUAUUUUCAGAAUCUGAGUGUAAUUUGUGUAAUAAAGUGUUUUCAGAGCAUCAGUUGUCAGAGUAUAUUUUGCAAUUUCUGCAUAUUUCAGGGUUUUAUAUAUAAAUUUUGUAUAAAUUACACAAACCACAGAUAUAGUGAAACCUACUCAAUGUCUUCAACUGGUAGAAAUGUUAUAUUGUAUUAAAAUUAAGAAGAUAUUUUGUUAUGUAUCCAAUAUAAAUUAAAAACCAGCCAAGAGUUAACAUACGUGUGUAAAACCAGGCCCUCUUUUAAAAUUCGAAGAGAGUUUUUGCCUGUUUGUCAAUCAGAAGGUAAAUAUUUUAAUAAAACAUGAUCGGAGCUAAGAGGAAAACUGUCUCAAAUUACAUAUGCAAAUGAGUUAAUCUGUGUAAAUUGCUAAUAGUUUCUUUUUAAAAGAAUAAUCUUAAACCAUCUUUUUCAUAUUCCAGCAAUGCAAUUUAGUAAGAAGUUGGUAAUUUUUGUUUUUGGAAGAGACUCUAGAACUCUUUAAUUCAGAUAUUGUAGUAGUUGGGAUGCUAGUGGUUUAAUUGACUAGACUAAUCUUGAAAACAAUGCAGGCUCUUUUGCUAAAAAUAUAAUGUCUUUCAGCUAUGUUAUAUAGGAAAUCUAACUUAACAUAGACUUAUUUUCUUUCAUAAUUGAUACCAAAGAGGAUCUGAUUAAAAGAAUUGUCACUUCUCAUGUUUACUUCACCUUAUUAAAAAUGUUUUUGCUCUUA